AUGUCUUGUGUGAAUACCUACUCUGCAUGCACGAGUUGGGCGGCGAACGGUUUCUGCACGAACAGCUUUUACACGGCCGCUCAACGAACCUCGUAUUGUGCCUUGUCAUGUGGAGCUUGCUCGCUUACCACUUCCUCAACGGGAUGCUCGAAUUCAAACAUAAAUUGCGCAAUGUGGGUGGCCAACGGCUUUUGCAAUAAUACAGCUUACACAGCGGCACAGAAAGCUCAAUAUUGUGGCUCAAGCUGUGGGCUUUGCACAACGAGUACAGCAUCGACGUCAACGGCUUCGACGAGCACAGCUUCGACGUCAACAGCUCCAGCC